AUGGCUAUCCUUCAGGCACUCAAAGUAGCAGGCGCUCUGUCCCUUGCUCUGCCCUCUGCCGCCUUGGCCCAACCAAAGCUCUCGAAGAAGGGACCUGCCUCGAGUUACUUGACCUCGGCCGAUGGAGCUUAUAAUCUCACCUCCUACGCUGCCCCAGUCCUGGGAACGGGUGACAGCCCGACCUGGUCCCUGGCGGUCGACGAUACCCGCAGCGGCCACAAGCAACAGAUGGUAGGAUUUGGUGCUGCGGUGACAGAUGCAACAAUCACCGUUUUUUCAGCUUUGUCAGAGGCCCAGAGGUCGGCCCUCUUCACUGAAUUGCUCACAACUGACGGCCCGGAAGCCGUGGGAAUGAGUUUGAUGCGCCAUUCAAUUGGAGCUUCCGACCUGUCUUCUUACGAGUACUCCUACGAUCAAACGCCCAACAAUAUUUCUCCUGACCCAAGGGUGGCCAACUUUAGUCUUGAAGACCCUGGAAAUCACAUGGUGAACAUGAUUGCUGAGUUCAAAAAAUAUAACCCUGACCUCAGACUGCUGGGAUCGGUCUGGAGUCCUCCCGGUUGGAUGAAGAACAACCAUGUUCAGGAUGGCAAUGCAACCGACAAUACUUUCAACAUGAAGUGGGCAGGUUCCUAUGCCGAAUAUUUCGUCAAAUACAUUCAAGCCUUUAGAAAGAAGGGAGUCCAGGUGGACGCCAUUACCAUCCAGAAUGAACCUCUGAAUAGCAACCCGGGCUAUCCUACCAUGUAUCUGCCCGCGAACGAGUCGACCGCGAUCAUUCAGCAUCAUGUGGGACCUUCAUUGAAGAGCGCUGGUCUGAAUACCGAGAUCUGGGCUUACGACCACAACACAGAUGUGCCGGAAUACCCGCAGACUGUUCUAGACGGUGCCGGUGACUACGUUAACAACGUUGCAUGGCAUUGCUACGCGACCAACAACACAUGGGAUGUCCUGACUCAGUUCCACAAAAAGAACCCCAAGGCGACGCAGUACAUGACUGAGUGUUGGACAUCUCCCUAUACGUCGUGGUACCAAGUUCCCUACUUUGUCAUGGGGCCGAUUCAGAACUGGGCAGUUGGCGCUAUCGCAUGGACGCUCGGAACAACAUUCGACUACAAUCCCCACCUUCCUGGCGGAUGCAAUUCCUGCCGCGGUUUCAUCGAAGUCGACCCGGCCACAGGCACCUACAAGAAGACCACGGAUUACUACAUGAUGGGCCAGUUCUCCAAGUUUGUACCACGGGGUGCCAUUGCACUCUCCACAUCGGCCAGCUUCGAUGUCGAAAUCGAAGAGAAAAUCGCGACGGCCGCGUUCUUGAACCCCGACCACUCGAGGACCGUGGUGAUCUAUAAUGGCUUCCCGCAGGAUGGAAACGCCACCGUUAACUUUGCAAGUGGAGAGUCCUGGACUGGCCAAGUCUACCAAAAGUCUGUGGUUACUUGGACUUUGCCGCCUGCGCAGGAUUAA